AUGGGUGGCUGCGGAAAGCUCCUUUCGAUGGACUUGCGAGAGGUUGUGCCAGGGGGCAUCAACCGUCUGCGUCAGAGACUCGAGAGGACGGGCAUCCUACAGUACCGCCACCAGCACAUCUCAGCGGAUCUACUCCUUCAGCAUUUGGGACUUAUUCAGGGACCGUUAACAGUGGUGUUGGCUUCGGAGGAUCUUCACUACAGGCACAAACGCCAGGCCAGCCUACAGUCGAAACUGCUGGGCAGCUCCAGCGGCCUGAAACGGGCGGUGCACGAGUCGAUGACGAACGACGAGCAAAUGUUCAGACGUAUCCGCGAAGACAAGUUCUGGCACCGCUUCGUGGCCUCUCUUCCGGACUUGCCGCGCGUGGCAGCGAUGUUCAAACCUAUGAAAAAGGCUUGGACGGGGCAUCUAUACCAGGUUUCCAAUGGCGAUUUCGUGCGGUUCAACCUGGUACCCAUCCGGCUGCGACUCUCGCCUCGGAAUUUUAAGACAAAAGAAUUGCCGCCGCAGAAGGAGAUUGAAGAACUGCGAUACAUUUAUGAUCCACGACCGAUGGAGGUCGAGUAUUAUGACAUACCCCUGGAUCACCUCAUGGAACCGGGACAGCACCUUGAUGACUUUUGGCUGACGACGUUCCCAACGAAACUGAGAGAACCCCUGGUUAGACGCGGCGGCGUCAGUGGUGGCAUUCCGCGCGAGCCAUGCAUUGGCUGGGGUAUUCGAAUGAACGAGGAGUUUGUAGCCAGUUGGGGCACCGAGCUGGGGCAGUUCCUCUUGGCGAUAUUGGUUCUCUGGCUGCUGUUCCAGUAUCACGUCUGGACCCAGGGCAACUCGUGCGUAGGAGCCGAAAUGUGA